CGGUCUUUGACCCCUGUAUCCGACGUACACGGUCGAGAGGACUUCCGCUUCUCUCCGACUGCUUGUUGUUUUGAGGCGUGAAAGAGAGAAAAGGAGCAUUUCAACUACACAGUCAACUACGAUUUAACACAAUGGCUGUAGAGGUUGUGGGUUGUGAGCAGCAGUGAGUGUCCUCUACUCCAGCACCUCCAGAGCAGCAGCCUGCCACCCAGCCAGACAUCUCAACCCCCCCCCUCCCUCAGCCAGACCCCCCCAGCGGGGUGACAACCCACCAGCAUGGAGGCCUCCUUCGGCCCCACCUUCUCAGCCGUGGUUCCUGGAGCUAAAACGGAAGCCUCCGGUACCUACAAGCAGCACCGCCGUACCCCCUCCUCCUCCAGUACCCUCACAUACUCGCCACGAGACGACGAGGAUGGCAUGCUCCCCAUCAGCACCCCGAGGCGUUCUGACUCUGCCAUCUCGGUGCGUUCCCUCCUCUCUGAGUCCAACAUGUCUCUCCGCUCGACCUUCUCUCUUCACGAGGAUGACGACGACAUGGAGCCCCUGGUGUUUGCAGAGCAGCCGUCGGUGAAGCUGUGUUGUCAGCUCUGCUGCAGCGUCUUCAAAGACCCUGUCAUCACCACCUGUGGGCACACCUUCUGCAGGCGAUGUGCCUUGACCUCCGAUAAGUGUCCGGUGGACACGGCUAAGUUGACGGUGGUGGUGAACAACAUAGCUGUAGCAGAACAGAUAGGAGAGCUGUUUAUCCACUGUAAAUACGGCUGCCGGCUCUUAAACACCACCCCCACUUCCCCUAAUGGGGCCGGAGGAGGGGCUUCCCCCAACGGGGCCGGAGGAGGGGCUUCCCCGAAUGGGGCCGGAGGAGGCACUGCUGCUAGUCGGGGUGAAGGGACACCUAAGAUGGGAGGACCUGGGAACUUUGAGGUUGAUCCAAUGGGCUGUCCUUUCACCAUCAAGCUCACCACACGCAAGGAGCACGAGGUGAGCUGUGACUACCGUCCAGUGCGCUGUCCCAACAACCCCUCCUGCCCUCCUCUCCUCACCAUGAACCUGGAGGGACACCUUAAGGAAUGUGAACACAUCAAGUGCCCUCACUCCAAAUACGGAUGUGCGUUUAUCGGUAACCAGGAUACGUAUUCCACCCAUCUGGACCUGUGUAAGUUUGAAGGGCUGAAGGAGUUCCUGCAGCAGACGGAUGACAGGUUCCAUGAGAUGCAGGUGACCCUGUCUCAGAAGGACCAGGACAUUGCCUUCCUGAGGUCCAUGCUGGGGAAACUGUCUGAGAAACUGGACCAGCUGGAGAAGAACCUGGAACUGAAGUUUGAUGUCCUGGAUGAGAACCAGAGUAAGCUGAGUGAAGACCUGAUGGAGUUUAGGAGAGAUGCCUCCAUGCUCAACGAUGAGUUGUCCCACAUCAACGCCAGACUCAACAUGGGCAUCCUGGGCUCCUACGACCCCCAGCAGAUCUUUAAAUGCAAAGGGACGUUCGUAGGUCACCAGGGGCCAGUCUGGUGUCUGUGUGUCUACUCUACAGGGGACCUGCUCUUCUCUGGGUCCUCGGACAAGACCAUCAAGGUGUGGGACGUCCAGACCCUGCAGAAGGUGAACACAAUCCGUGCCCAUGACAACCCGGUGUGUACGCUGGUGUCCUCCCACAGCAUGCUGUUCAGCGGAUCCCUCAAGGCCAUCAAGGUGUGGGACAUAGUGGGGACAGAGUUGAAGCUGAAGAAGGAGUUAACAGGACUGACCACUGGGGUUCGUGCUCUGGUGGCCUCUCAGAACCACCUCUACAGUGGAUCAUACCAGACCAUCAAGAUCUGGGACAUCCGUUCCCUGGACUGUGUUCAUGUCCUCCAGACCAGUGGGGGCAGUGUCUAUUCCAUCGCUGUCACCAACCAUCACAUCGUCUGUGGCACCUACGAGAACCUUAUACAUGUCUGGGAUAUAGAGUCCAAGGAGCAGGUCCGGACCCUAACGGGUCACGUGGGAACAGUGUACGCUCUAGCAGUUAUCUCUACACCAGACCAGACCAAGGUGUUCAGCGCCUCCUAUGACCGCUCACUCAGGGUGUGGAGCAUGGACAACAUGAUCUGUACCCAGACCCUCCUCAGACACCAGGGGAGUGUAACCGCCCUGGCCGUCAGCAGGGGGCGCCUGUUCUCUGGAGCUGUGGACAGCACCGUCAAGGUGUGGACAUGUUAGAGGAUGCUGAUUGGUUUGAGAGGUUGCUGGAGAGCAGCUGUAUGUUCCCAGUGGACCACCCUGUGUCAAACGGACCAUAUGAACUCUGACACACACACACACUGAUUGGUUCAUCAUCCUUCAGGAUCAUGACUGUUUUUAAUAUCUCUACUAUAGGAACUUUAACCCCUGAUGUGGGCAGGGUCAGAAGUGAUCACGACCUUUGUGUCCUUAGCCCAGUGCAUUAUGGGUGGAGCUGCCAUACCUUAGCUCUGCCCACUGACGACACCAGCCCUCCCCUGAUUGGGACAAUUCCAGAACUGUGUACUGAAGACUUGUUAGCUCCCCAAGUUAAUGCCUUGGCUUCAGUUCAGUCCCCCGGGGGACUGGACCGUUACUGACCUGGUGACCGGACCGUUACUGACCUGGUGACCGGACCGUUACUGACCCGGGGGACUGACCCGGGGGGCUGAACCGUUACUGACCCGGGGGGCUGGACCGUUACUGACCCGGGGGACUGGACCGUUACUGACCCGGGGGGACUGGACCGUUACUGACCCGGGGGGACUGGACCGUUACUGACCCGGGGGGACUGGACCGGGACUGACCCGGGGGGACUGGACCGGGACUGACCCGGGGGGACUGGACCGUUACUGACCCGGGGGGACUGACGUCAGUGUUUUAGAAUGGACUGGACCGGUUCUGACCCGGGGAACUGGACCGGUAUUGACCCGGAGGGACUGACGUCAGUGUUUUAGAAUGGACCGUGAUGGGCUCUGCUAGCAACAACUAGGCUGUGUUCACCACUACUCUGCAGCUCUGUGUUUAGUGCCAUGAUGAUGAUGGUGGUGGUGGUGGUAGUGCCAUGAUGAUGAUGAUGGUGGUGGUGGUAGUGCCAUGAUGAUGAUGAUGGUGGUGUUGAUGAUGAUGCCAGGUAGGCUGUGUUCAGGACCACUACUCAGCGAAUGUGUCAACGGUUUGGAAUGAUCUGUACCAUACUGAAAUAUGUCCGUCAUUAAGAAGACUGUGUGAAUGCAAGAGAUGCCUCCAUUAUCCCUGUUCUCUCUUGGUCUCCUCCCUCCUCUGGUCUCCUCCCUCCUCUGGUUCUCUCUUGGUCUCCUCCCUCCUCUGGUCUCCUCCCUCCUCUGGUCUCCUCCCUCCUCUGGUUCUCUCUUUACUAACCAUGAAACAUGAAGAGAACUGAUCAUGUGAUCAGUCUGGGGGGGGUAAAUGUAGAAACUGAUCAUGUGAUCAGUCUGGGGGGGGGGGUAAAUGUAGAAACUGAUCAUGUGAUCCAUCGGGGGGGGGUGGGGGGUAAAUGUAGAAACUGAUCAUGUCAAUGUGUUACUAAUUGAUGUGAUUAGUCUGGGGGGGGGGGGGGUAAUGUAGUAAUAUAUGUGAUCAGUCUGGGGGUAAUGUAGAAACUGAUCAUGUCACUGUGUUACUAAUUGAUGUGAUCAGAAUGGGGGGGUAAUGUAGAAACUGAUCAUGUCAAUGUGUUACUAAUUGAUGUUAUCAGUCUGGGGGGGGGGGGGGGGUAGGGUAGUAAUAUAUGUGAUCAGUCUGGGGGUAAUGUAGAAACUGAUCAUGUCUUCUCUCUGAUCCUAGAUCUGUUAGAUGUUCUGUUGUAUACUUGAUGUACGCCUGAUUUAUCUGAUCAUUAAAAUACUGUACACUUUGAA